GGAUUUUGACGUACAUGCGAAGUACAUCUUGACCAAUUGUCCCGACGGUCCUUCUGCAGCACAUGCUGCGCAAUUCAACAACUAUGAUUGCGCGGCCGGCAAUAGCGACACUAGGCUGUUGCAGCUGCCGAAGCUCGGUAAUUCGAGCGGUCCUGGGCUCGACGGCAACGAAAGCUCGGUUCCUGGGACAGCCCCAGCGGAGAACGUUCCAGAGCUCGACUCGAGGAUUUCUCUCUUCGAAAUCACCGCAGGAGACAGGUGCAAACCGACAAAUCGAGGAGAUACAAGAGUCAACAUCAAAUGAAGAAAAUGAAGAGGGCGAGAAACCAUGGUUUCUCGAAGAGGAGCCGCCUCGACACGCGCCAAGCUUGCACAAGCCGACACUUCCUCAAGCCCCAGAAGGCGCACCGGCGCUCGUCGACCCGAUGAUCAGCUACAUCUACGAAGAUAUGGGGCUAGACGAUAUUUCUUUACUGGAUCUACGCGAGUUGGACCCGCCCGCUGCUCUUGGUGCGAAUCUCAUCAUGCUGUUCGCGACGGCUCGCAGCGAACGACAUUUGCACGUAUCCGCCGGCCGUUUCGUCCGGUGGCUGAAGCGAACAUACAAGGUCAAUGCCAGGGCAGAUGGAUUGAUCGGCCCGGGAGAGCUCAAAACGAAGCUGCGCCGGCUCAAGAAGAAAGCGAAACUCAUGGGCACCAACACCAUGAUUGUGCCCGGAGGCGAUAAUGGCAUCUCGACAGGAUGGGUGUGCGUCAACUUCUCCGCAGCGGGACAGGAUACGGACGAGGCAUCGAGCUUCGACGAGAGCGGCAGAUUCUCUGGCUUCGGAUCGUCGUUGACUGGAACUACGGUGGUUGUGCAGUGCUUGACAGAGUCCCGUCGAAGCGAGCUGGAUCUGGAGACUCUUUGGCAAGGCAUCCUGAGGCGGAGUCUCGAGCAGACGAGCAAGAUAAAAGGCGAGAAGAUUGAAGACCGGGCGACUUAUGAGAAGAUGGUAUCGUUGCGAAUGCAGCAGCCGGCGAAUCAGUCAGCAUCACAAUGGCAGGCCCUUCAGCAGGCCUCGCAGCAGCAACGGCACUUUUCGACACUGGCACGUCGUCUGCAGCCCCGAACGGAGCAUCGCGCUUCUGCUGUCGGUGAGGGCAUGCCGGAGCCGGAAUCGCUUUUGGUCGAGGAGACCAAUCAGCUGGAUUUGGGCAGGGUGAGAAGACGAAUAUCCGAGCUGCAAACUAGCGGGGCCUCAAUAAGCCAGGAGGGUUUGGAGAGCCUCAUUUCUGCAAUAUUCAGGGCGGCACCGUCAACCUCGGAAGACUCAAGCGAGCGCGUCGCCCUCGUUGACGGACUCUUACUGACCGCGCAAGAGCGUGGCAUGGUGGUCUGGUCCAAGGAGAUACUCGUCACCCUCAUCGAAUCGGUUGUCGACUCCCCGGUGUAUGGGCCCGAGCUUCAACGAUCACAGAGAAACCUUGAGUUUUUGCUGGUUGAGAUGCAGUCGGCUCUGGAUGAGCCUCAAGUGCUGCGUCUCAUGUCUGCGUAUGCGCGCCAGCAGGACUGGGAGAGGUUCUGGGACGUCUUUCGUUCGCAGGCGAGAUUCCAAGUCGCACGGUCAUCAAAACUCUAUGAGCUGGCCUACAGCGUCAUGGCGGACACGCGCGACCCAAAACUCUGCACAGACGUGCUGCGCUGGGUGUAUCCCGAGAUGCUCAAGGAGGAAUUCCCGGUGCCCGUCACUGGAUCGCUCUACGACGCGCUCAAGGCGUGCAUCCUUGUUGCCGAUCCGGCAGCCGAGAGUCUGCUCCACAACCCGCCUGAGGCCGGUAGAUUGAGUCUCUUGGGCAGCCGGCGUCUGCUGCGACGUGAGUUCGUGGCGGUGCUCAAGGAGGUGGAGGCCUUACGAAGGCAGAUGGUGGGGACGCGGGCUCGUCACGAGAGAGCGCAGGCGCUCAACAAGCUUGCCGACAUAGCUUCGCCCGACUCUGCCUAGACGACGUUUAGGCGGCCGCAUCCCAGACUGGACAAGCGGCCGCUCGUGUCCUGGGGCUGACAAUGGGUAGCGCGCCCGACUAUUGUACCAAAUCAUCGUGUACAUCGUGUAUAUACUGUACGUAUCCUCUG